UCCGGUGCAGGGCGCCACUGUCGUCGGCCCGCACCGCACCGCUAUCCCGCAGAGCCAUGAGCAAGGCUGAUCCGGCGGCGCAGGAGAACAGGAGGCCGCGGCUGAAGAGGAACUCCUCGGCUCCUUCCAGCACGCCGGAGCCGUCGGACGGCAGCCUCCGCCGGCCUCCCCUCCGACGUGGAAGUUCCUUCACUUUUCUGACCCCUGGACCAUGGGAUUUUACUUUGAAGAAAAGGAAAAGAAGAGCGAAAGAUGAUGACGCCAUCAGUCUUUGCAGCCUAGAUAUUAAGGAGCCAAGCAACAAACGGGUCCGACCUUUAUCACGAGUGACAUCUCUAGCAAAUUUAAUAUCUCCCUCAAAAAAUGGAGCAGUCAGACGCUUUGGACAAACAUUGCAGAGAUCCAUCACUUUCCGUAGCGACAACAAAUCUCCAGGUUGCACUCAAAAGGUGUUCAGCAAAGUUUCAGCACCAACCCCACCUAAAAGGCGAAACAGCAAAUUGUGGUCGGAGACUCUUGACAUGAACACAAAGCAGAACUUCUCUUCGAAGGAAAUUAAACGACAAGAGGCUAUAUUUGAGCUUUUUCGAGGGGAACAAGAUUUAAUUGAAGACCUAAAAUUAGCAAGGAAGGCUUAUCAUGACCCUAUGUUGAAGUUGUCCAUCAUGACAGAAGAAGAAUUAACCCAGAUAUUUGGAGCUCUUGAUUCUUAUAUCCCUCUGCAUGAAGAACUGCUAACCAACCUUGCUAAAGUCACAAAACAAGAUGGAACAGUAGAAGAAAUUGGUCACAUUCUUGUGAAUUGGUUGCCAAGGCUUGAUGAAUACAAAGAAUACUGCAGUAACCAACUGGCAGCAAAAGCACUCUUGGAUCAAAAGAAGCAGGACAAGAGAGUGCAGGAUUUCCUUCAGCGCUGCCUGGAGUCACCCUUCAGCAGGAAGUUGGACCUUUGGAGUUUCCUGGAUAUUCCUCGCAGUCGUUUGGUUAAAUACCCACUGCUGUUGAAGGAGAUUUUACGGCACACGCCUGGUGGCCACUCAGACCAGAAGAGUCUGGAGGAUGCAAUUGCCAUCAUUCAAGCAGUUCUAUCAGACAUUAAUGUGAAAAAAGGAGAGUCUGAUUGUCAGUACUACAUUGACAAGCUGGACUACCUGGAUGAAAGACAGAAGGAUCCACGAAUUGAAGGCAGCAAAGCCCUCCUUUGUCAUGGGGAGUUGCGAAAUAACCGGGGAACGAAACUGUAUGUCUUUUUAUUCCAAGAAGUCUUAGUACUGACUCGCCCAGUAUCCCGCAAUGACCGUCAGUGUUACCAAGUAUACCGCCAACCAAUGCCUGUUAAAGAUCUUCUGCUAGAGGAUCUUCAAGAUGGUGAUACCAAAAUGGGUGGGUCAUUCAGAGGAGCCUUCAGCAAUUCUGACAAAGCUAAAAACAUCUUCAAAGUUCGUUUCCAACAUGCGACACAAGGACAGUCAUCGCAUACGCUACAAGCCAAUGACAUUUACAACAAGCAGCAGUGGAUGAAUUGCAUACGAAAUGCCAUAUCACUCUACCAGUCAGCACCUCAUCCCACAGACCACAAAGAGCUCUCCGAAUUAGAUGAAGAGCCCGAGCAAGGCUCUCCGCAGAUGACAGACCUUCUGCAGGAAGGGCAGACGCCCACCCUCUCUGAAGGGGUGGAAAUGGCAGAUAGUGGUUCAGAAACUGGCUCCAACAUGGACACAAGUGAUUCUGAAUCGAGCAGCCUGAGAAGUAGCAUAGAGAGUGAAGAUUCAGUAGAACAGUGUGAUUCCAUGUCAAAAGGCAGCACAGAAAUGAUCGAGCAGCAGGAUCAAAUGACAAAGAGAACAGAAACAUUAGUGUGAACACUCCUGUUCUUGGCUUAUGAAGUGGACUCUAUUUAUAUUUCUGUACAAUGUUUGUACUGUGGUCUAGCACCAAGAUUAAUUUGCCAGUCUUGUUUUGUUACUCUUUUCUCUCCAUAUAAAAUUUGUUUUUGGCAGCUAUUAAAUCCAGUCAUCUACUGUUGGUUCUUCUCCAAAGUGACUAAAUCUCUUAAUAACCCAAUAGUGGUUUUAAAUUACUGGGUUAUUUGCUGUAAUAGAUUUCGGUUUAAAAACCCUGUUUCAGUCUUGUAAAACCCUGUUUCAGUCUUGUAAAUGGCAUCCUCCUGUCUUAACCAAUAUUUUUGUAUUGUACAUUCCCUAUGGACAUCCAUAUAUCCUGCAGGUAUUUUAAAAUUUAAUUUUUUUUGUAGUUCAAUAAAUUUUUUGUUACAUUUUAAUUGAGCAGAGUUCCCAAGUGAUAUCAUUUAGAAGAAAACUUUCUUCAGAGAUAAAGUACUUUUGAUUUAUUAUAUAUACACUUAAGGUUACACAAAUUGUCAAUCUUUUUGGUGUCAUGCAAUUGAGCCAUUCCUGUAAUUGUGUUGAAGACCAUUCAUCUGCUGUAUCAACUUUUUGUCGGUAAAGCAUGUAAAAAUCGUUUUGUGCUUUGGACUACUGUGAGGGAAUUGCCAAGGAAUUUUGAAAGGUGCCAGAAAGUUGUAGAAGGUUAGAAGAAUGUGUAUCUAAUGGACUUGAAAUGAGCUGCUUGAUGGGAAAUAAUUAGUGAUUUGGCCAUGAUGCAACUGUCUGAAAUAUUUCACAAGUGGCUGUAAGGUUUAAACAGUCAAAACGUUGCAGUAUGGCAGGGUGGGAUGGAAAUGGCAGCAUUAAACGGAACAAGUAUUAUUGUGUGAGUGAGUGCUGAAAUGGAGUCUGGAAUGUGACUGUGUAUAAGGUACACAUGGCAAGGAGGUAAGAGACUGAUGGGCAUUUCUCUAAUGUACAGAUUAUUGGAUUCAAAUGUACAAUAAAACUGGAAAAUAAUCUAUAA